AGGUACGUCAUUCAUUUUUCAAUUGUACCCCAAACCCCAUCCCACCCCAAACCCAAAAAGUAAAGGAUAGCACGGAUUAAGUACAAAUUCGCACUCGCUUGAUUGUGCUUACAAACUAUGACAAAAGACAGCUGCGACUUUCUCGUGGAGAAGGGCGCGACCGUGCGUCAGAAUGUGGAGGUUACGCAGCAGCUGCUACAGCGGUCCGGCGGAAACCUGCGGGAGUUUUCCCGCAGCCGGGGGCAUUCUCCGGAAGCGGAGCGGGAUUCCGAGCUGGGUGGGGAAAACCCGGGUAAUAACCCUUAUCUGUCCUCGCGGGCCGACAGUAGUACGGAGCGGAGACGGAUGAAACAAGGGUCCGGCAACACGGAGAUGACCAGCAACAGCCCCACGACCUCGCCAUCCACAAGUCUCGCGAGUCCAACGAACGCCGGGGGCGGUUCGGCGGGUUCGCCAAAAGCCGCGAACAAAGCUACUAUCAACGCCGAAGCAGCUGCUGGUGGCACUUCUGCAGCGGCGGCGGCAAGUAUUAAACCAGCGGAUGCUGGAUCAACAUCCUCGUCAUUAAAAACCAGUAAAGUCGACGCGGAACCAAAGCAGGCAGAUGGAUCAUCUGUAGUGAAGACAAGAACGCCCUCAACUGAAGUCGUCGUUGCUGGUGCAAAAGCAGCAACCGUCGGCGAUUUCGGAGCAUCAUCUGCAAGUAGCGGCGGAGCAGCAGUAGGACCACCCGCGGCUUCCGAAGCCGCGAAUUAUCAGCAACAGCAAUCCUCGCUGCUGCAAAAACCCAAAGCAGGCGGCCCUGGGAUGAAACAAGCCGGGUUCGGCAACAAGCUGAAACGCAGCAAGACCUCCGCGCACGGUGGCUUUGCGGCCGACGGUGCGGCGCAGGACCUGACCAGCUCGUUCGCGAAGCAUGUGGAUCCGAAAGGCACCUGUGAUCCGGGGUUCUACGCCCAGUUUCUGAGCAAGACCUUUCUGGAAGCGGAAGACAAUGAGGAAACAAAAACAACAAUUUCUCCUUUGGGCCGGAUGCCGCCCGCACAAGCGGCGACGACUAUCGGCGACGCAUACUACCAAGAGGAGCUGAAGAAGCCGCAAAUAACGGGCGACCAAAACAACGGCGCCUCUUCUCUGUUGAACUCCGCCGGGUCUCUCGGCGGACUCGCCGCCUUGACGGGCGGGUUCGGCAAGAAGCCCUCGGCCGCCACCGGGUUCGCGGCCGGCAUGAUGAAGAAGGAGCGCGCGAAACUCAUGUCGUUUUCCGCGUUCGGCGGCGCGGCGGCGGACGACGGCAGUAAUGCGCGCAAAAAACGCGAACCCCUCCCGCUCGGGUCGACCUACGGGAAGUUCACGGGCAAGGAAGUCAAAUCCUACCUGCCCUCCGGCCAGGAAAACGACUGGCGAAAACUGUCCUCCCCGGAUGGGGGCGUGCCCCGCGCGGCUUUGCCGAAACACUUUGCAAACGGCUACCCGGAGUUGCUGGAGGCAAAGAUCAGCAGUGGUGGUCCGAUUUCUGAAGAUAGAGCAAACACUAACAGCAGAAUUGCGCUAAGAACUGACAACUCGAGCAGCAGCAAGUUGCUUCUGCGGGAUUUCGACGAGAUUUCCGGCACGGUCCACGGUGUGCAGUCUAGCUACCCGCCGCAGUCGGAAGAGCUUCUGGAGUUGCAGAAGCAACCUCUGUCGAAGACGUUGAUCGGACCACCCGGAAGUGCACUGAUGUCCACGACCACCACUUCGGUUUUGCAGAAGACCACAACGUCAACGAGCGGGAACAUCACGACCACAGGGUCGUCGUCGAAGCCGAUCGCCCGGAGACCACAGCAGAUGAACAAAUUGACGCCGUUGAACCCGGCGCGUCAGACGACUGGGGCAGGAUGGAAUAACUACGUGCAGGGGACCUCCCGGAGUCACCUGACCGCGCCGAUUCAGCCUCGAGCCUGGAACCGGACGGAAAAAAUCGAGUCGCGAACGCUGCGGCGCAAGAGCGACACGGAGAAGAAGUUGGAGGCGUGGGUGACCUACGGGGAAAAACUGCUCUGUCUCGCGCUCUACCUGGCAAAGGAGGGGAACCCGAACAAAACCGGCAAUUGCUCCUUCUUCACGAAUCAGCAGCGGAGCGACCUGAAACUCCUGUUGCACCUGUACUGGCAGCCGGACCAACUGUCCGAGACCGCGGCUUCCACGCUGGAGGGGUCCGGCCGGGUGCCCGCCCAGGACUGCGAGUUUCUCCAGCAGCUGCUGACGAAGCACCGCGAGGCGCUGAUGGAGCACCGGAAAAACCACCCGCGGGCGCUGCCGGAGGGACUGCGCAACACGAUGGUGGUGCGAAAAAACGCCAUGCUGCCGAUGCACUUGGAAAAACUGCUCCAGCCGAUGGAGAGCCGCACGAACGCCGAGAAGCUGGCUUUGCAGGGCACGACCACCGCCACGAUGACCGGGUUUGCCGGAACCAGCACCAGCACGGGGAACAUGCUGCAGAGCUCGCCCAUCGCAAACUUCCUGUCCAGCACAACUUCUGGUGCGCAUCAUGGUGGUCAACAUCAUCUCCAAUCGGCGACAUUACUGUCCUCGGACAACGGUGGUGGUGCAGGGGGACCCUGGCUGGAUAACGUCUCGGAAACCGUGACGUCGUUGACCUCGAGAUCGGAGGACGAGCUGCAGCACAUCGUGUCGAUGCUGCCGCUAUGCAUUGCAAAAGUAUCGUACUAGUGUAAAUUGCAUCACAAAUUUUGGCAAGAAGAAAAGUGGAAUUUGUAAUGCUGUUUUACCUUAGGAAGGAGAUUUGUCAUGCAUGUUUGCAAUUAGUACGACUACGAUACUUUUGCACAGGAUAGCCGCUGCGCGACGUGGAGGUCUGCAACGUGUUGAUCCGGGACAUGCUGGCGCUCCGAGUCGACAUGUUCCCCGCCAGCUCGCCGACCCUGCGCAUGAACCGCGCCGGGACCAAAGUGAAUGCCUUCCACAAGACCAUCGCUAGCCGCUCGGAGAUUCUGGACCGGCUGCCCAAACAGGAGAAGCAAACUCUGGUGAACGAGUUUCUGCAGGACUACAUCCACAAACAGCAGGAACAGCAGCGGCUUUUGAUCAACUUGUCCCGCACCCUGAUCCACGCUCCGCGGUUGUCGAAGCAGAUUCCAAAGCUCCCCUACCUGCUCGAGCCCGGGGGCCACGACGAGGGCAAGCUGAAGAUCGGCGCGCCGAACGAAAGGUCGAUCCGCGCGGCGGUCACCGGCGGCCGGGCCGCCCGGUUUGGCGUGAACCAGAAGCGGGUGCUGAAAAAGGUGAAGGACUGCAAGACCAGUUUCUUCGGCGUGCAAAGUUACAGUGACGGGGAACAAGUAGAGGAAAGCAACCGAAAUAAAGACUUGUUAUUCCGUACUAGUAGUACUAGUCCCCAUCAUGAUGGUCUUGAUCUCGCCUCCCCAGCGCACAGCGACCGGCGGGUGAAUUUGGAGGCGAGUUUGACGAUGCCCUUUCUGAACCAGACGUCGACGGCCGAUCUGGGGUUGGCCGCCAUCCAGGCGUACCAGGAUACCCAGGCGCUCGCGGGGCAGCACCUCGCCGGCCGGUCGUACCACAUGGUACCGACGAAGGUGGAUCUAAAACUCCGGUACGGGGAAGAUGAUGAGGCCGCGGACGAAAAUACGGAGGAAAACGCAAACCGUUUAAAGAUGUCCGCGCAGCCGACGCUGCAACUCCUCCAGCCGCUGCUUCCGCGGGCGAACGUGCGGCCGGAGCCGAGCAAAUUCUCGAAACUGAACCGCGCCAUCGUGUCGGAACCGGUGUUGGAGUACUUGCGCAAGAGGCUCCACCAGAAAAUCGAGCAGGCCAACCUGGAGCGCAGCCGGAGAAUCGCGAGGAGCAAGUCCUCCCGCGUCACGAACCGGAACAACACCGACCCUCUGUACUUUCACUUUGAUGACCACAGAGAUUUGCUGCACCCCGCACCGUAUGAGGUGGAGAAUUUCGGGGAUUUUCUCCAUUCCGCCUUCCAGGACUCCACCAAGCAGUUCUUCCACGAGCAGACCGGCGCGCCGCUGGAGAGACCGCACCCGAGCGUGAAGCAGGAGCUGCAAGACUUGCUGGAGAAGAAGCAGCAGUCCGUGGCCAGCAGCUUUGUGGUCGCGUACGACGCGAAAAAUUUCAUCAAGGCGGAGCAGACGAAGCGCCUCUUCACCGGCCCGCAGCCGGGCGGACUGGCGGCGAUGAAGUACGAGCAGGAGGAGCAGGCGAAGCGGUUGGCUUUGCAGAACGAGAAAGCAGGAGCUACUGCCGGGGCGACGAGCAGACCACAGAAGAAGCAGCAGCUUUUCUCCUUCAUGCAGCCAAAGAAGCAGAAGCUGUCGAAGGAGGAGCGGGAGGCCGAGGCGGAGGCCGAGCGGGUCGCGCAGCUGAACCGGGAGCAGGAAAAAUCCUUACUCCACACCGAACAGUUCAACUGGAACGCCAUCAAAGACACGCCGGGCUUGAUCCACAGCUUAACUUUCUCCGACACCUUCGUGUCGAAGGAGCUUCAGUACCAGGGCACGGUAUCCAAAGAAAAUAUUUUUUUUCCCGCGGCACACGUUGUACAUAUGGAAAUGCGGUUUAUUCUGCAUGACAAAACUAUACCCUCGAUCCUAACCAGCUGCACAACAAGUGUUUACACUUCUCUAUAUAAAUUUGCGAAAUCUGUGAUGCAUUUUGUACGUGUGCUGCAGCGGGCAGGAAAUUUGUGUUGCAUACGCGUUGGAGCCGGACACGAAAGUGUUGAACUACCGGAUCAGCAAGAUUCUGCUGCAAAUUGACACGGCGGAGGAGCGCCUGGAGUUGCAGCGGCUCCAGGGCAACAAGGGCAACAAGUCCGGUGGCGUGGACCUGAACAAUUUCUCCGCCGAAGUGCAGGAAAACGAGAACCUGCUGCGGCAGUGCAAGGACUUGCUGGACGACCUGCUGCCGAGAAUCAUGAGCGUGAUUUACCGGAGGGACUCGGAUGACGAGGACGUCGACUUUCUGCAGGUCGCGAAAAAGGAGGAAAAACAAAAAGUCACAGACGAGGUGAAGUUAGUGGACGUGGCGCUCGCCGUGUGGACCAAGCCGCCGACCUUCAUCAUCGCCAGGAACCGCAUGAACUUGCGCGCAAAGUGGCACCCGGAGUCGCGGACCGUGUACCUGGAAACGCACCUGAAGUCGCUGAAGCAGCACCGCCAGGAGGUGUUCGAGCGAUACCUGACCCAGGUGGAAGACUGGCGCAACGCGAUUCUGGUGAACUACGAGAAGAAAAUGGCACGGGCGUGGGCGAUCGAGAACGCGAAGCCGAUGAACCCGGUCGACGACAACGCGAAGGCGCGCAUGAAGGCCCUGCAGCGCGCCUGGCCGGUCUUCAUCCAGCUGGCGCUCUCCGCACGGUAUUUCGAGGAAAUCGCGCUUCCGUCCGAGAAGGAAAAGGAGUUCAUCCAGCAGGUGACGCUAUUGAGAGGAAAAAUCCCCCCUCCUCAUAUUGAAAACUUACACAUCAAGAACAUUCGGAAUGAAUUUGUGUUGUUGGUGAUUUGUGGCCACAAAAAAAACGCACAUGAUGUCUUGCAAGGAGACAAGUGUGCCAGCAGAUGCUUCCGCCUGAUUAUGGAAGCGAUUUGGCAUGCUUUUGUGCAUAGCGGGAGGCAGUGGCCGUUUGCAGUGCUAUACUCUAUUAGACACAAACGACAAACGCACCCACCUAGGUGAAGGUGGUGGAUCUGGCCGCAAUACCUUACUUCUAGUAGACGGAGCGCGUUUAUUGUGUAUGCAAAUCCAGCAUCAGAAACUUGAACUUCGUUUUGAAAUAUAAUGGGGAGGGGGGAUCAUUUUUCCUUUUGAUGGGCGAAGGUGGAAAACAGCAAUGAGGAGGACCAGAGCUCGCUGUUCCAAAUCCUGCAGAAGAACGAGGAGCUGAAGGUCCACGAUAUGCAGACGGACGACAUCAAGUCUCUACCCGCCUUGAAAGCGCAACGGCAGGUGGAGGCCCACCCAUUGGAGACGAAGAUCGCGCUCCAAAAAUACUUCACGGAGAACACGAAGAGGAAAACGUUCUGGCUCUUCUUCCUCGCCAAAGCGAAGCUGAAGGUGGAGCUCGGUCGGCGGCGGCUGCGCGCGCGGAUCAUGCUGCAGUUUCUGGAGAAGACCUGUCGCCCCGAGCAGCGGUUCUUCUUUCGCGCGAUGAACUUUUCCUACCACGCCCGCACGGUGCAGCGGUCCUUCCGCUUCUUCAAGUUCAACCGCGGGUGCUACAUUCGCGUUCUGAUGAAGCGGUGGGUGAAAGUGGAACGGAAGGUCUGCGGGGAAGAGCUGCUGAAGUCCGACAUGAUGCAAACCAGGGUCGCGGAGCUCGAUAACUCGUUGGACCAGGCGGAGCAAGCGUCUAACAUGGGACUGACCAUGACCCAGUGGAUCAACAAGACGCAAAAAACGUCCCGCCGCCACGGUCCCAGCGCGCCGACGCCGUCGCUGCCCAAGCUACAGGACAAGAAGAACAAGCAGCUAUGAAAUGUUGCAAAUAUGUCUGGGAGGUCUGGAAACUUGUGAUGUCGCUGGCUGGACAGUCUUGAGGACGUCCCAAUUGGUGGCCACGCAUUACAUCAAUUUUCUGAGCUGCUAGGUGUUGCCUGUUCUGCAUGGCGAACUGCGUUUCCGCAUGACAAAAAUCUGGGAUGCUUGCCUGGCGCGCAUGACAGACUUGAGAGUCAUGCACAUGCUGGCCGAGCAUGAUAAACUCUGCAGUCUUCCAGACCCAGACAUAUUUGCAAUGCAUAACAGCCACAGAAAUAUAAAUCGGCGGCAGACAUCAAGAAGCAGUGGUACGAUCUAUCCUUGGUAAAAACGUCGCCACCUCCCCAGAGUUGUAAUGCAAAUCUGCAUGCUGACUAGCUAAAGACGACUACACUGCGAGCCAAGAUUUGUCAUGCGCAACAGCCUGUUUAUGUCAUGCGCAAAAGGAGCUAAAACUGGUUGACCUUUCUUCUAUGUAGAUUUCGCAUUUUGACUUAAUGUAUAAGGUGGGGACGUUUUUACACAGGAUACGAUCGAGUGACCGCAAAUUUGAUGUCCGAGAGGGACAUCAACAAGUUCAUCAUCCCGGAGCUCCGGUACCGAAGGUACAUCCACAUGUGCCGGCUGGAAGCGUACAAGGAGGAGACCCGGCUGUACAUGCGGAAUUACAGCAAGUGGGCCCUGAAGAAAACGGCGUACGACGAGGCCAUGGAAGCCGGGGUGCCACCGCCGGAACUGCCGCCCGAGCCGCUGCCGCCGCUCCGACCCGACAUGACGCCCACCUACGCGGAGUUGGUCGACAUGGUCACCCGCGCCAGAUUUUCCUCAGACAACUACUUGGUGCUGAAUUUCGACACGGACGAGGACCCGGCGGAGGUGGUGGAGGCCCGGGAACGGGAAAACCAGUUGAAGGAGACAAAUCGGUACCGGUUUUCCACCAAGGUCUACUGGCGUCUGAUGAUGGAAAGGGAGGACAAACGGCAGGAAAGGCUGUUUGAGGAGUCGCUGCAGUACACGACGGCCUUAGCCUUGGACGACGACGGAUUUGAGUCGACCCGGGAAAAGCAGCUCGGAGACAUGUACAGCGUCGCGUUCGAGGUGUACAAGACCUUGAACCCGCGACAGCUGAAAACCGCCUCGCCUCCGCCCUCCGCGCGCUUGGUCGCGAGGAUGCAACCGAAGAGGUCCGGAACAUUCAAGCUGGAUCGACUGAAGCUAUCCACUGCAAAUUUAUGGUAUUUGGGUCUGGAAAUAUAUAAACAUCAUGAUCAUGAUCAAUUGAACUUGUAGCAUCGCUCGGCCGACAGCACGACUAUCAAGACGAGAGCAGUUGCAUUUGUCAUACAAGGACGCAGUUUGUAGUGCGCGUUCACCGUAGUUUCGCAUCAUGAAAAAGUGUCGCAAAUAAAUCUUGCCAUACUACUAGUACUAGGAUCCACUUAGAUAUUAAAGUGCUCCUCAGAGAAAAUAGAUUCCGCAUGAUGAUUGACAAGUUGUCUCCAGACCCAAACUACAGAUUUGCAUUGGACAGAUGCAGGGGCGCAGCAAAAACGUGUUGUAUUCCGAGGGGAAGCCGGUGAAGCCGCUGAACUGGGAAUUGGUGGAGCCGGAGCUGGACUUUAACAAGGAACGGCUCGAAAACCAGGACGCGCUGCGGUUCGAGCUCUUCAAAACGGAGGUGCCCGUUUUGUCGCUGGUAUCCCGUGCAAAUGUAAUGUCUGGGUCAGGAACUGUGAGAGUCGUGAGGUUGUUCGUCAUGCAUCUUUCUGAACAUGAUAUUGAUAAUUGUAUGUAGCUGGCUCGGAUGAAUUUUCAUGCACGCCAAGCAUUUUUACGGGUUAUCGUUUGACGGCGAAGGCUUCUUCAUGCCUGCCCUGCAUGAUGAGAUGAUGAAGCUCGGUCUUUAAUACGUACGUUUGCAUGAGAUGUGAAACAGUUUGUAAUUUUAACGCUCACGUUGCACACGACACGACACGCAAUACAGAUUUUUGUAGUCCGCUCCAGAAUUCUUGUUCGCGUCACAACUUCCAGACCCAGACACUUUUGCAGUGCAUAGCUGGAACACCAUGACAAGUGGUGGCCAACCGAGGAAAUGAUGUUCAGCACAUAGAGCUGCCGUAGUAGCAAUUGAUUUCGCAAGAACACGGCUUGAGGUGCUGCUCUGCUGCUCAAAAAUUCUUUGAUUCCAGCACGGGAGUAAAGGAAGGAAGAGUAGACACUGUGACUAUCAAGAACCAGGCAGCUUAACAUACGAAUAUUAGCAGUAGCUAGUAUUUAGAUUUACACCUCUGCAUCUGCUCGGCGCAAAUUUUGAUUUGAGUUUCAUUUACAGGAAGUAGCACGAAUGUUGUGCUUACGUUUGUUUUGCUGUUUUAGUUUUCAUCUGUUAUAAAGUUCGCGUCGUGCGUUCGCGCGUUUCACCGAAAGCCUAAGACCCGCGGCCGCGUCGAUAUUACUCACGUACUUAUAUUACUCCGAAGAGUUGUCGUUUCCCUUUCCUUACACUACAACCAAAAUUUAAAUAAUUCAAUUUCAAUGUCAAUCAACACUUGUCUUAUUCCUAUUCGAAAGCAAGCAUUACACAUGUGUACGCGCAGCGUACCCCGCUACAGACUAAGUAUAUCUGUUUCUCCUGUAGUACAAUUCUUCACCAUGUGCACGUUUUUUUUUUUUCAUGAUACAUAGUCAACAUAGGCGUAUGAACCAAAUGUUUUCCGUUUACGUUUAGUAUCAAUUGCAAAUGAUUUGAUUUUUGUUAUCACCAUUCCAGUGCGAGUACCCGUUUCCUUCCAGCUACAGUCUUCUAAAGUUUUUCCAUGACUGCGUCAGACGUCGAAUUUGUUUAGAUUUCGAAUGUGGUAACCCCGCCCGGAGCGUCGCUACAGAUAUUAUCUUUACGAUGAUUUUUUACAUGAAACACAUUC